UAGCACAAUGAUAACACUUAUCUAUUGAAAAUAUUAUAAACUAUAAAGUUUAUGGAAAGUUUUAAAACAAAGUUAAUAGGUUAAUGAGUACAGAGUUGUAGUACUGAUACAGAUAUUAAUCUUAUACAAGUAGGUGCUACUUAUUUGUUAUCAUUUUCAGGCAUUUUUAAAACAUCAUUGUUUUUUACAAUUAAUGUCAUUAUUCCAAUGUUCAUUAAAAUUUUAUCUACUUUACCAAGAGCAAUAAUUAAGAACUCUUCAUUUCUAUUACAAAGGCCUUUAACCACAAUGCAUAGCAACAUCAUUUCUAAAGAGUUCGGAAAAUUUAAAGUACAAGUGCUUCCAGCAUUAUCCGACAAUUUUAUGUACUUGUUGAUUGAUAAUAGCACAAAAGAAGCAGCCAUUGUUGAUCCUGUAGCACCUGAUGUGGUUUGGGACGCAGUCCGUAAAGAAAAUGUUAAAUUAACAACUGUACUCACAACACACCACCAUUGGGAUCACGCUGGUGGCAACAAAGAACUUAUUAACGGCAAUACCAAUGAUCAAUUGACUGUUAUUGGAGGCGACGACCGAAUUGAUGGUCUUACAGUUAUGAUUGAUACACACGGAAUAGAUCUUCAAUUGGGAUCAUUAAAUAUUAAAUGUUUGCGCACACCUUGUCACACCACUGGGCAUGUUUGCUAUUAUGUUAAUGAAGGACAAGAUGGUGUUGUUUUUACAGGAGAUACUCUAUUCUUAGGAGGUUGUGGUAGAUUUUUCGAAGGUACUGCAACACAAAUGUAUGAGGCGUUAAUCAAAAUAUUAUCACAGUUACCUGACAGCACUGCUGUGUUUUGUGGACAUGAAUAUGCCAUUCAAAAUUUGAAGUUUGGUCUUCAUGUUGAACCAUCCAAUCAACAUAUAUUGAAUAAAUUGAAGGAUAUUGAAACCAAAAGAAAAUUAAAAGAGCCAAGUGUUCCAUCAACUAUUGGAUUAGAAAAGCUUAUUAAUCCAUUCAUGAGGGUAGAGAAUGAAUCAGUUCAAAAAGUUACUCAAACAAUCGGUGAUCCAAUUGAAACAAUGAAAAUGUUGAGGGACUUAAAAAAUAACUUAUGAAAAAUAAUACUCAUUUUAUUGCAAUAAUACAUUUUUAUACACUUGAAUAGAAAUUGUUCGUUAAUAAUACAUAGGAUACAUACAUUGAAAUUUGAACACACAAUUUAAAUCAUAGAUAAUUAAAUCAAAUUUUAUUGUGAAGAUGAGAAAUUAGAUGUUUGUACUGCGUUUAUAGAUUUAUUAAGUGUGUACUCUUCCAUGUCUGCAGCAUAUUUUUCCUUAGAUUUCUCGUACAUAUCAUAAUAAAUCUAAAAAAUAAAUAAUUUUCAAAUUUAGAUCAUAAUAUUUAUACCAUGUAUGUAAUUAUUAUUACUCUGGUAUUAUUAUUCAAAUACUCUUUGUUCAUUAUAAAAUUCUAAUCAAUAAAAAUAAAUAUUUAACACAUACAAUAUGGUGGACAAUUUUUUAGUUUAAUUUAAUUUAAGGAAAAAUAUGAAAACAUGAUAUUCACCAUAAAGUUAUACACAGUAAUAAAUAUGAUUUGGAAGUUGA